CACAUAUAUUAUGGCGUCUGUAUUUUAAAUUACGAGAACAGUAAUAUUUAUCUAACAAAACAAAAUGAAUAAUAAGAAAGCAAGAAGUUCGCUUAAGAAAGUGUCGAAACUGCCAGAUGAAGAGGCUGAUCAUGUACGAACAAAGCGUCGCAUCAGUUUCAGCGGCAAAAAGUUUAUACGAGAAUUUGAUACAACAGAAAAAGCGCGAGACUAUGACAACUCAUAUGAAAUAUCAGAUCACACCAAUGGAGAGGAUAGCUCAGGGCACUCCCAUGGCACAGUAGCAGCGUCUGUUUUGCAAAGUACAGCACAUCUCUAUGUGGCCGAUGAGACGGAUAAGGAAAAUGCAUCUCCCGAAGGUCUCAUAGCUGCCGUCAACAGUGCAUCAGUAUUGGAGCAGAAUUCGCGAUUCAGCGAUUUCACAUUCAAAUUGCAGACAAGCAUCAAUGUGACGCUGCUGCCGGAUGAACUAAACCGAAACCGGCGGCGCAAUGAAUCGCCACCCCGAUUGGAGCAAACGGUCAGUGACAGUUUAUCUUUGAAUGAAAUAGAACGUGAGAAGCUGAGAGAAAAUAGUGUAUACAAAAUGACAGUUUUAGAAAAAACUGUGGAUCUUAUGCCAGAAACGUUAGCUUAUGCUGGGUCGCAGCCAAAGCAUAUCGAAAAAGUCAACAUGCAAAAAACUACUAUAAUGUCUACAGACAUAAGUGUUUUACCUGAAAAGCAAACUGAAGUGAAGCAAAAGACAAUGGUAUUUGAGAACAAAGAUAUUACGUGUGACUUUAGUGAUAUUGAGCCAAAAGGGAUGAUUGAAGAUGUGCCGAAGGCAACUCAAGAGAAUUUAUCUAUGGAUAUGGCAGAACAAGACUAUAUUAACUAUUUGGCCGAUGAUUCAACGUUGUCAUCGCCUUUAAUUCCAUUAGACGUCAUUUCAGAGAACGGCAUUAGCAAGAAACUGAACUUUCGGCAAUUGAACGAUGCAUUGAAUUCUGGCCGCAUACAGCUAUUUCCCAAUGGCCCAAGAACUCCAACUACUGAUCGCAAAGGCAAUCAGCGUUUCUGGCAUGGAUUGGAACAGCAACCCAUGGAAGAGGAAGUUCCAGAUAAAGUAAUGAUCAAGCCGCGCGGAACACUCAAUUUCAAUGAGAGCAUGAUGAUGUCGCCCGCCGUUCCACAAAAGUCCGAAACAAAAGCAGACCAUGCAGAGCAACAUGUGAACGCGAAGAGCUCACUCAAUGCUAAGCGCAAUUAUCGUUUCUCUCAGGCAGACGAAUUAAUGCUGGACAACACAAAUUUUCUAGUUAAUGCCAAAAUGGGCGAUGAAACACACUCACGAAAUAACUCCAAGUGCUCAUCGAGGCGUGAAACUACAUACGAUAAUACUGCCAUGGAAUUGGAUGACCUAGAGAAGCAUGAGGCAGCGGUUGCAGCAGCUCUGGAAGGCGCAAAACUUAAGCAAGCCAUGCAUGAGCCAAUGGAGCAAGAUGAUUUCUUAAGCCCCUGCAAAAAUGUGAAGAACAAUUUGACGACGCCAGCUGUGGCUCAACAAUCCAAUCAAACACAUUUAAGAUCUCAGGAAGCAGUCGUAGCUCAACACCGCACCAAGUCAAGGCCAACAUUGCUCAUGGCUGAGCCCAUUGAAGAAGAUGAGGCUAAACCAAAUUCCGAGUCUUCAGCUCCUAAAACAAAAUUCAAUGUUCGCAGGCAAACAUUGCAUUUGGCAGAGGCCAUGGAUGAAGAUCUUGAAAUGCCAAAGCUGGAAUUGCAAUCAAAUGCAAUCAAUAAUCGUCAGCAGACAUUACAUAUGGAUGAUUUCAUGGACGAAGAUUCGUUGUGCUCAAAGAAAGAAAUUGAUGGUGCUUCUAUGAAAUUCAAUUCCAAAAAGCAAAGGCAAACAUUGCACAUGACUGAGCCAAUUGAAGAAGAGAGCGUAAGGCCACAAAAGGAAUCUCAGGCAAUGCCCGUUGUUGACAAGGAUUCCAGCAGACGUAGGCAAUCUAUACACUUACCCGAACCAAUUGAAGAGGACUCGUUUUGCGUUCCAGCUUUUGCACCAAAGGAAGUGCAUCAGAGCAAGAACAGACACACAAUGCACAUGUCCGAGCAGAUUGAAACGGAUUACGUACAGUCACGGACUGCAGCUCCUGCAGAAAUUGUGCAUCAGUACACCAGACAUCGACAAACAUUGGUCUUGUCUGAAUCCAUUGAAGAAGUUGCUGUUCAGCCGCAAAGAGAGGAACCAUUGAUGACAAAAUCCAAUGCAUUGGCACCGGAGGGCACCAGGCGUAGGCAAACAAUGCAUCUGGCUGAUCCAAUUGAGGAAGAUUCCUUUUGCUCAACUUCCACGUCUGCCGAACAACAUAGGGAAACAUUGCAGAGCAAUAAGAAAGAUGAUGUAAAACCUCAAGAAGUGAAGCCAAAGUCAGCACCUACUGAAGCAGACUCUCAAUAUGAUAGACGCAGACAAACUUUACAUCUGGCUGAUCCAAUUGAAGACGAUUCAAUGUGCCCAACAUCCACAGCUACCAAGCAGCAAAGCAAGGAAACCAAUAGACGCAGGCAGACUUUACAUCACACUGAUGACAUUGAAGAAGAUCCCUUCUGCUCAGCAUCCACAGCUGGCAAGCAGCAUAACAUUGAUGGAGGCAAUCGACGUAGACAAACAUUACUUCAGGAAGAUCCCAUAGAAGAAGAUCCAAUCUGCUCAAGAUUACAAGCUGAAAAGUCAGUUAAGGCUGCUAAGUUGGAUCUACAAUACAAUAGACGUAGACAAACAUUGCGCGUAGAUGAUCCCAUAGAAGAAGACUCCUUCAGUAUAAAAUCCACAUCAGCCAAUCAGAAUAAGCAUAAUUUACAGAGAGAUGCCACCAUGAAGGAAGAGAAGUUAAAGCAUGAGGCACCUGUCAAACAACAAUCCGCAGCUAACUUGCUAUGCGCCCAACGUAGACAAACAUUGCAUCUAGCUGAACCCAUUGAAGAAGAUUCAAUCUGCUCAACAUCCGCUGCCCCCACGCAGCAAUGGGAAGAAUGCAAUCGUCGUAGGCAAACUGUACAUCACGCAGACCCCAUCGAAGAGGAUCCAUUCGAUUCGACAGUCCCUGCUGCCAAUCAGCAUAGACAUCAACUUCGAGGAGUCGAGACAGUUGAGCAAGCAGAAAAAGAGGCAACAUCAGCUGCCUCUCUUGUUGAUAGGCGUAGGAAAACCAUUAUACAGGCUGACCCCAUUGAAGAAGAUUCCUUUAAUUUAACAUCGUUCUCUGAGAAUCUGCAUAAGCAAAAUUUACAAACAGAUGCUCCAAUUGAGGAAGGUAUAUUGGAAUCUAAGAAUGAAAUGAAGCAAGCCGUUAGCUUGAAAUGCAAUAAUCGUAGACAAACAACUCACGUGGCUGAUCCCAUCGAAGAAGAUUCCUUCAAUUUAUCACCACCCUCAGAUAAUCUACAUAAGCAUAAUUUACAGGGAGGUCCGCCAAGUAAGCAGAAUGCACCUAAGGUUGACCUGAAAUACAAUAACCGUAGAGAAACCACUCACCUGGCUGAUCCUAUUGAAGAAGAUUCCUUCAAUUUCGCACCACCUUCAGAUAAUCUACAUAAGCAUAAUUUACAAAGAGAUGUGCCAAGUAAACAGAAUGCUCCUGAAUACAAUACCCGUAGACAAACAACUCACCUGGCUGAUCCCAUCGAAGAAGAUUCCUUCAAUUUAGCACACUCUGACAAUCUACAUAAGCAUAAUUUACAGGGAGAUCAGCCAGGUAAACAGAAUGCGCCUAAGGUUGACCUGAAAUACAAUAACCGUAGACAAACCACUCACCUGGCUGAUCCUAUUGAAGAAGAUUCUUUCUGCUCAACAUCCAACGCUGUCUAUCAGCAGCAAGGGAAUGCGGGAAUUGAGAAGGAUAUCUUAAAUAUGCAGAAGGAAGUAAAGCAGUCCCAUCGGCCUAGGCAGACGUUGCAUGUGGUUGAUCCCAUGGACGAAGACUCUUUCUGUUCAAAGUCAACCGUUGGGUCGAAAGGCAAUCACUUCAGCAAAUAUAGAGCAACAAUGCUGGCCACAGAAGCCAUCGAUGUCGAUCAGAAUUUAGCUCCCACACAUACAGUUGCUCUAGCUAAAAAAGAAAGCAUCAAACAUAGACAAACUCUACUCAUGACGGAGUCCAUUCUGGAGGAGGAUAAAGCAAACGCAAACAACGACAGCAACUGCAAGCAGUUGCCCAGCGAAACAUUAAAUCUAAGUGAAGCCCUUGACGAAGUCAAGUCAUCAAAGGCGGCUGCCCAAAGCCAGCGCUUGGCAAGCAAACCAAGGCAGACACAAUACCAAGAGGAAGCCAUGGAUGUGGAGAUGUCAAAUGUGGAGUGCACUGAGCAGCGCGCCAGCAGAUCCAAGCCCAAACUGAGGGAAGCUGUGCUGAGGAACGAUCUCUUACGUAAAACUCUGGAUAAAGAAAACGUUUUUAUCAGCUCCAGCUUCGAAACGCCUGAAAUGAAGAAGAAGCGUCAGAUGUUUGCCCUUACACCAGGUCGAUCAAUGAUUGAAUUCGAAGACUUGGAGGAGGAUUGCAAGGUCAGAACUCCAGCUGGAAAAACUGCUUGCCGAUCCAUAUACCAAGCGAUGGACAUGGAGCUAGACAUGGACACAUCAAACUACGCCACGCCCGAGAAGAAAACUUCGUUCAAUGUGAAACGCCUGCCAAUACAUUUGACACCCAAUUUGCCGGAACCGAAGAAGCGCAACCUGCAGCUGCAUCUGGACAUGGAGGAGGAGAAUAUCUCGCAGCCUGAACUGGAAACAUCAGAGCAACAAGUGGAGGAAUUGGAAUAUCCAACGAAUAGGUCACGCAUUCCUGUUUUGUGCAAAAGCUUGAAUUCGCCUUGGCGUGAAACGGAGCAGCUGGACGGCACCGUGCAGAUGGUUAGAGCACAAAUGAUUCGCCAAACGGGUAGCCACGGAAUGGCAAUUCCACACUUCACGGAGCAUAAAAUGAACAAAGAUGCAACGGUCUAUGAAGAUAAUCCCAUUACCAUAUCUGAUGUGUCGAACCAUUUCAAGUCACAGCGAGAGUUGGCCAAGAACUUAGCUGAGCAGCGCCAGCAACCCAAGGAGACGUCCAUUGAGAGUCGCAACUCGAAUGAGCUGAGCAACAAGAGCUACGCUACGGCCCAUAAGAAGUUCAUAAAUCUAAGUGGGGAUACCAUAAUCUUUAACAAUAUGGAUGAUCUUAGCGACAAGUCGGACAAUUGUGAAAUUGACAAGACACGACUCAGUCUGGUGUCGACCUUGCUGGACGAGGCGGACGACGAGCAAAUUCGAGCAGCUAACAGCAGCCACAUUGACUUGGUGAACAAUGAGACAUGCCUUGGGCAGCUCGAUCCGCCAGUCGUGGCUGGAGCUGAGGAUGCGUGCAAGAAGUGCAAACAUUGCCGGCGCUCCAUGGACAGAACGAGGACACGUAGGAGUGCUGAAGAGACAUUUGAGUUGCCGGUUUGGCCGGACCUGGGCGUGCAACUUGAGCGUCUAAAGCGUCUGCGACAAAAGCCACGCAUAUCAGAUGUCCACAAGUAUUGGGAGCUCAAGAAGCUGGAAAAUAAUUCCGAAGAUGACGAGCACGAGGAGACGGAAUCGGAAUGCGAUUCACGUAACACAAGUCGCUUAAGCUUGCUGCAAAUGCAGGAGAUGUUCAACAGCAAGUGGGAGGAAUACGCACAAAGCUUGCCCAAGCCCAAGCCAGCGGAAACGUUUGCAAAGUGCUUAAAAACAGCAUUGCAUGCUGAGCUGCCCAAUUGGAUAUUUGAUUCUAAUCUGCAAAUCUAUCGUACCUACAUAUUCUCCCAUCGUAAAAUAACCACCUUUAAAAUCUAUAUGGGUUAUGAGCCGUUGGACUUGUUGGAAACCAAAAUACGCGUAGGCAACAUUCAACUAGAGUCAAAAUACGCACCUCCCUCACCUUUAAAGACUGCUUUUGCUGAGCUGUUGGAUUUUCAACUUAAACUUAAUCUGCCGCUGAAUCUGGAUAGGCUGUUGGACGGCAAUGAUGUGGCAGAUCUUGUCAAAUUUCUAAAACACAUCGAUGGAGUUUGUUUGCAAACCACUAACAUAUGCAGGAAGCUGCUCUUAACCAUAAUUACAGCAAAUGCGCGCCUAAUCAGUGAUUCGAAUCGGAUUAUCGUGAGAAAAACUGUGCGCAGAUCAGUUAAGAAAGAGGAUGAGGCAUAUGCGCGCACAGAGAGGAUCCAUUUUAAUAUUCAAAUUGGUAAUGUUCAGGAGAUCUCAUUUGAGGAUAUUUUGCAGCCGCCGCUGCAUCAAUUCGAUGAGAAGAUUCGAUUUUUGCCCAGGGGCAUAGAGUUUUUAAAAGCCUUCUUGCAGAGCCCCGAACAAUAUUUAAAACACAACGUCGACUACAAUAAAUAAUAAUCCAGUGCGGAUGUUUCGAUGAGCCAGCAAUAUAACCAAAAUAUCUUAUAUUAUAUUAUCGUCAAGAUAAAUGUAUAAUUUUAUAUAUCAAUGAUAAG